AUGUCAUUUUAUCACCCUACCAAGACCUUCGAUUUGACUGGGAAAGUGCUAGUUGUGCCCAUAGUUUCUGUCGCCAACGUUUCACAGCUCGCCGUUGAUCUCCUGGUCGCAUCUCUUUCCCUUGAACGAAUCGGGCUCUUUGAUACGAAGUAUCUCAUACCAGCCGUUGGCGCACGCGAAGAUGGGCAAGCGGGAAUCACAACGUCUCUCGAACUGUACGGAAAGAAUGGGAUGGAUAUUAUUGUGGCGCAACAGAGGUCACCCCCCUUGAAAUCUUAUAAGCAGGACUUUGUCGAUGCGCUGCUGGGGUUUGUACAAGAAUCGGGCGUGGCUGCCGCGUUGUUCCUGGGCGGCGUAGACAUGUCUAACAGGACAGACGCACAAAUGCUGUGA